UAAAUUCUCAAUUCUCAUCGUACCUAUACUCGUAUCAAUGAUCAAUCAAAAUAUUGUUCGAUUAAUCUAAGUUAUUUAAUUGGUAAUAAACAUAAACAAAGUUAAUCUCUUCAGCGUAAAAAGCAAAAGCAAACGUCUACAACCAACAUGAUCAUAUUUAUUAGUGAACUUCAAAAAGAUCAUCUUAGCUUAUUACAUGAGCAUUCUUCUCAGGUGCUGGUGGAUUUUUGUAAAUUAACUGUAGACUAUCUUAAUAAUGGAGUAAACGAGAAAAAAUGUUCUUUAGCUGCUGAAAAAUUAGGAACUUCUUCAAACAAUAUUCAUAACUUGAUACAAGCAUUAGCACAUCUUAUAAUAGAAGGAUGUAAACACAAUCUGUCAGAGCAAAAUUUUAAAUCAUCAUUAGCUAUAGCUGGGUUUUCGGAUGAACACCAACAGAUUUUAGUAAAGUUCUAUACAACAAAGAAAGCUGAAUUGUCUUCUGCUCUAAAUUUACUUCAGCAAAGUGAUCCAGUCUAUCAAGAUUUGGCAUGGAGAUUUGAAGUACAGAUGGCUUCAAGAAAAUGUAAAGAAGAAAUAAAGCCUAUGGUGACCAUGGAUUUUGUUCUAUCCACUCCCAAGGAUUACGAUCCGAGCAAAGACAUACAUAAUCGUAUGUCCAAUGCUAGUCCAGGAUCAGUCCCAGAAAUGGCCAUCAAUUCUACAAUACAAGAGGCCAAAGCCGCAAGUCAGUGUCAAAAUAUUAUAAAACAUGUUCUACUGCAGUGUGAUUUGCCCAAUUUAGUUCAUCUCACUAACAGAUUGAGUGAGGCCUUAAAUGAAUCCAAAAGUCAACAUGUACGGAAAAUCCAAAGGGCUUUAUAGAUUAUUAUUAUUAUUUCUAAGGAAAAAAUAUAUAAGUGUAAGAAUUAAAUAUACCUAUGUAUAUCUUGUAUCCUAAUUUAUGACUAAUAAAUGUAUUUAAUUAA